AUGGAUCAUGCUAGAAGCCCAGCAUUCCCUGUGCACCAGAAGAAUUUUAAAGUGGAAAUUGAGGGUAAUACAACGGAUGUUGUUCUAUGCAGCUAUGAUGAUCAUUUUUUCGUUUUGGUAACUCAAAUUGGAAGUAUGGGUACCAUAUUGCAUGCCAGAAAGGAGGAAUCAGCCCUUGCUGAACCAACAUUUGAUGUGUCAGUAGUAUUCGGCAAGUAUGACGAGCCAAUGGUUAUGGUGUGUGGAAGGCAGUUGAUUGAGCACAUAAGUAACUCCGGGUCCUCAAAGUCCUUGAUCCUGUCUCUUGGUCUUAAAGACCACUCUAGGGCGACUAUCAAAGGUGUGAUAUCUGCCGUGACAAAAAACUGCCUAUGGGUGUUUACUGUUGGGUGA